AUGGCAUCCACGGGAGGAGAUAUCGAGCAAACUAAGUCAGUGGAAGUGAAGAAGAAACUAAACGUGUUGAUCGUCGACGAUAGUGCACUAAUCCGUAAAUUGCACGAGGCUAUCAUCGAAAAGUUGGGGGGAAUUUCGCAGACAGCUGAGAACGGUGAGGAGGCAGUGAACAUCCACCGCAACGGCGAUGCAUCUUUCGACCUUAUCCUAAUGGAUAAACAAAUGCCCAAGAUGGAUGGAGUUUCGGCAACUAAGAAGCUAAGAGAAAUGAAAGUGACGUCCAUGAUUGUUGGGGUGACGACACUAGCUGCGGAUGAAGAGGAAUAUAAGGCUUUCAUGGAUGCUGGACUUGACCAUUGCUUUGAAAAACCCUUAAGCAAAGACAAGCUCGAACCUCUCAUCAACAAACUCAUGGAUGCUUGA